AUGUCCGUCUCCAAGGAUGUCAUCAUGCCCUCGUCGGCUCCCGCUCCCCCUGUGAACGACAAUGAGCUCCCCCUCCUUCUGAAGGGCUACAACGACAUGCUCGUCCGCACCAACCAUUGGACUCCCAUCCCCUAUGGUUGUGCCCCCCACAAGCGCGAUAUCAAGUCCUACAUCUCCAGCGGUGUCAUCAACCUUGACAAGCCUUCCAACCCUUCCUCCCACGAGGUUGUCGCCUGGCUCAAGCGCAUGCUUCGGUACGUCGUCGUUGAGAAGACUGGUCACUCCGGUACCCUUGAUCCCAAGGUCACUGGCUGCUUGAUUGUCUGCGUUGAUCGCGCUACUCGUCUCGUCAAGGCCCAGCAGGGCGCUGGUAAGGAGUACGUUUGCGUGAUCCGUCUCCACGACAAGGUCCCUGGUGGCGAGGCUGCCUUCGCUCAGGCCCUCGAGACCCUCACUGGUGCUCUUUUCCAGCGGCCCCCUCUUAUUUCGGCCGUCAAGCGUCAGCUCCGUAUCCGUACCAUCCACGAGAGCAAGCUCAUUGAGUUCGACAAUGACCGCCACCUUGGUGUCUUCUGGGUGUCUUGCGAGGCCGGCACCUACAUCCGUACUCUCUGCGUUCACCUUGGUCUUCUCCUCGGUGUUGGCGCUCACAUGCAGGAGCUUCGCCGUGUCCGCUCCGGUGUCAUGUCUGAGGACGAUGGCAAGCUUGUCACGCUUCACGAUGUUCUCGAUGCCCAGUGGGCCUACGACAACGGCGGUGACGAAACCCUCCUUCGCAAGGUCAUCCACCCCCUGGAGACUCUCUUGUGCACUUACAAGCGUCUCGUUGUUAAGGAUACCGCUGUCAACGCCAUCUGCUACGGUGCCAAGCUCACGUUGCCCGGUCUGUUGAGAUACUCCAAGGACAUUGAUGUGCACGAGGAGGUUGUUCUCAUCACCACCAAGGGUGAGGCUAUUGCUAUUGGUAUUGCGCAGAUGAGCACUGUCGAGAUGUCGACCUGCGACCACGGCGUCGUCGCCAAGGUCAAGCGCUGCAUCAUGGAGCGCGACCUUUACCCCCGCCGCUGGGGUCUCGGCCCUACUGCCAUUGAGAAGAAGAAGUUGAAGUCCGAUGGCAAGCUUGACAAGUAUGGCCGCGCCAAUGAGAACACCCCCGCUGCCUGGAAGGCCAGCUACCAGGAUUACUCUGAGUCCCAGCAGGGCGCUGAGGCUGCCACCCAGGAGGCUGCCGCCCCUCCCACCCCUGUCAAGGCUGCUGAGCCCGCUGCUGCUCCCGCCGCUUCCUCUCCUGUUAGGGAGGAGAAGGAAAAGAAGCGCAAGAGCAAGCACGAGGGCGAGACCGCCGAGGAGAAGGCGGAGCGCAAGAAGGCCAAGAAGGAAAAGAAGGAGAAGAAGUCCAAGAAGGAUGCUGAGGAUAGCGAGUAA